GAGCAGGCCGCGAAAGGCCAGGAGCAGGCCACGAAAGGCCAGGAGCAGGCCACGAAAGGCCAGGAGCAGGAGCAGGCCACGAAAGGCCAGGAGCAGGCCACGAAGGGCCAGGAGCAGGCCACGAAAGGCCAAGAGCAGGCCACGAAAGGCCAAGAGCAGGCCACGAAAGGCCAGGAGCAGGCCACGAAAGGCCAGGAGCAGGCCACGAAAGGCCAGGAGCAGGCCACGAAAGGCCAGGAGCAGGCCACGAAAGGCCAGGAGCAGGCCACGAAAGGCCAGGAGCAGGCCACGAAAGGACAGGAGCAGGCCACGAAAGGACAGGAGCAGGCCACGAAAGGCCAGGAGCAGGCCACGAAAGGCCAGGAGCAGGCCACGAAAGGCCAGGAGCAGGCCACGAAAGGCCAGGAGCAGGCCACGAAAGGCCAGGAGCAGGCCACGAAAGGCCAGGAGCAGGCCACGAAAGGCCAGGAGCAGGCCCCGAAAGGCCAGGAGCAGGCCACGAAAGGCCAGGAGCAGGCCACGAAAGGCCAGGAGCAGGCCACGAAAGGCCAGGAGCAGGCCACGAAAGGCCAGGAGAAGGCCACGAAAGGCCAGGCGCAGGCCACGAAAGGCGAGGAGCAGGCCACGAAAGGCCAGGAGCAGGCCACGAAAGGCCAGGAGCAGGCCACGAAAGGCCAGGAGCAGGCCACGAAAGGCCAGGAGCAGGCCACGAAAGGCCAGGAGCAGGCCACGAAAGGCAAGGAGCAGGCCACGAAAGGCCAGGAGCAGGCCACGAAAGGCCAGGAGCAGGCCACGAAAGGCCAGGAGCAGGCCACGAAAGGCCAGGAGCAGGCCACGAAAGGCCAGGAGCAGGCCACGAAAGGCCAGGAGCAGGCCACGAAAAGCAAGGAGCAGGCCACGAAAGGCCAGGAGCAGGCCACGAAAGGCCAGGAGCAGGCCACGAAUAAAAAGCCAGAGAGGCCACGAAAGGCAGGAGCAGGCACGAAAGGCCCAGGAGCAGGCCACCGACAAGGCCAGGAGCAGGCCGCGAAAGGCCAGGAGCAGGCCACGAAAGGCCAGGAGCAGGCCACGAAAGGCCAGGAGCAGGCCACGAAAGGCCAGGAGCAGGCCACGAAAGGCCAGGAGCAGGCCACGAAAGACCAGGAGCAGGCCACGAAAGGCCAGGAGCAGGCCACGAAAGGCCAGGAGCAGGCCACGAAAGGCCAAGAGCAGGCCACGAAAGGCCAGGAGCAGGCCACGAAAGGCCAGGAGCAGGCCACGAAAGGCCAGGAGCAGGCCACGAAAGGCCAGGAGCAGGCCACGAAAGGCCAGGAGCAGGCCACGAAAGGCCAGAAGCAGGCCACGAAAGGCCAGGAGCAGGCCACGAAAGGCCAGGAGCAGGCCACGAAAGACCAGGAGCAAGCCACCAAAGGCCAGGAGCAGGCCACGAAAGGCCAGAAGCAGGCCACGAAAGGCCAGGAGCAGGCCACGAAAGGCCAGGAGCAGGCCACGAAAGGCCAGGAGCAGGCCACACGAAAGGCCACGAAAGGCCAGGAGCAGGCCACGAAAGGCCAGGAGCAGGCCACGAAAGGCCAGGAGCAGGCCACGAAAGGCCAGGAGCGGCACGAAAGGAGCAGGCCACGAAAGGCCACGAAAGGCCAGGAGCAGGCCACGAAAGGCCAGAAGCAGGCCACGAAAGGCCAGGAGCAGGCCACGAAAGGCCAGGAGCAGGCCACGAAAGGCCAGGAGCAGGCCACGAAAGGCCAGGAGCAGGCCACGAAAGGCCAGGAGCAGGCCACGAAAGGCCAGGAGCAGGCCACGAAAGGCCAGGAGCAAGCCACGAAAGGCCAGGAGCAGGCCACGAAAGGCCAGGAGCAGGCCACGAAAGGCCAGGAGCAGGCCACGAAAGGCCAGGAGCAGGCCACGAAAGGCCAGGAGCAGGCCACGAAAGGCCAGGAGCAGGCCACGAAAGACCAGGAGCAGGCCACGAAAGGCCAGGAGCAGGCCACGAAAGGCCAGGAGCAGGCCACGAAAGGCCAAGAGCAGGCCACGAAAGGCCAAGAGCAGGCCACGAAAGGCCAGGAGCAGGCCACGAAAGGCCAGGAGCAGGCCACGAAAGGCCAGGACCAGGCCACGAAAGGCCAGGAGCAGGCCACGAAAGGCCAGGAGCAGGCCACGAAAGGCCAGGACCAGGCCACGAAAGGCCAGGAGCAGGCCACGAAAGGCCAGGAGCAGGCCACGAAAGGUCAGGAGCAGGCCACGAAAGGCCAGGAGCAGGCCACGAAAGGCCAGGAGCAGGCCACGAAAGGCCAGGAGCAGGCCAGGAAAGGCCAGGAGCAGGCCACGAAAGGCCAGGAGCAGGCCACGAAAGGCCAGAAGCAGGCCACGAAAGGCCAGGAGCAGGCCACGAAAGGCCAGGAGCAGGCCACGAAAGACCAGGAGCAAGCCACAAAAGGCCAGGAGCAGGCCACGAAAGGCCAGAAGCAGGCCACGAAAGGCCAGGAGCAGGCCACGAAAGGCCAGGAGCAGGCCACGAAAGGCGCUCAUCCUCAAGCAGAAUGCGGGCAAGCCACGAAAGAGAGGCAAAGAGGUGCAGCCGCCACGCUUAUCCUCAACCAGAAUGGGGGCGACCAGAAUGGGGGCCAGGGGGAAGAGGCGCAGCCGCCACGCUUAUCCUCAACCAGCAUAGGGCUUAUCCGGUGCCAGGCGAAGAGGCGAAGAGGUGCAGCCGCCACGCUUAUCCUCAACCAGAAUGACGCUUAUCCGGUGCCAGGCAAGAGGCGAAGAGGUGCAGCCGCCACGCUUAUCCUCAACCAGAAUGGGGGCGCAGCCGCCACGCUUAUCCUCAACCAGAAUAGGGGGGCAAAAGGCGCAGCCGCCACGCUUAUCCUCAACCAGAAUUGGGGUGCGGGGGGUACAGCCGCCACGCUUAUCCGGUGCCAGGCGAAGAGGCGAAAAGGUGCAGCCGCCACGCUUAUCCUCGACCAGAAUAGCAGCCGCCACGCUUAUCCGGUGCCAGGCGAAGAGGGGGAAGAGGCGCAGCCGCCACUUAUCCGGUGCCAGGCGAAGAGGCGAAGAGGUGCAGCCGCCACGCUUAGCCUCAACCAGAUAGAGGCGCAGCCGCGAAGAGGUGCAGCCGCCACGUUUAUCCUCAACCAGAAUGGGGGCCAGGGGGAAGAGGCGCAGCCGCCACGCUUAUCCUCGACCAGAAUAGCAGCCGCCACGCUUAUCCGGUGCCAGGCGAAGAGGCGAAGAGGUGCAGCCGCCACGCUUAUCCUCAACCAGAAUGGGGGCCAGGGGCAAAAGGGGUGCAUCAACCAGAAUGGGGGCCAGGGGGAAGAGGCGCAGCCGCGAAGUGCCAGGCGAAGAGGUGCAGCCGCCACGCUUAUCCGGGGCGCUCAUCCUCAAGCAGAAUGCGGAAGCCACAACAAGAGGCGAAGAGAUGCAGCCGCCACGCUUAUCCUCAACCAGAAUGGGGGCCAGGGGGAAGAGGCGCAGCCGGGUGCCAGGCGAAGAGGUGCAGCCGCCACGCUUAUCCUCAACCAGAAUGGGGGCCAGGGGGAAGAGGCGCAGCCGCCACGCUUACCGCCACGCUUUUCCGGUGCCAGGCGAAGAGGUGCAGCCGCCACGCUUAUCCUCAACCAGAACAGGGGGAAGAGGCGAAGAGGUGCAGCCGCCACGCUUAUCCUCAACCAGAAUGCUGCGAAGAGGUGCAGCCGCCACGCUUAUCCUCAACCAGAAUGGGGGCGAAGAGGUGCAGCCGCCACGCUUAUCCUCAACCAGAAUGGGGGCCAGGGGGAAGAGGCGCAGCCGCGAAGAGGUGCAGCCGCCACGCUUAUCCUCAACCAGAAUGGGGGCCAGGGGGAAGAGGCGCAGCCGCGAAGAGGUGCAGCCGCCACGCUUAGCCUCAACCAGAAUGGGGGCCAGGGGGAAGAGGUGAAGAGGUGCAGCCGCCACGCUUAUCCUCAACCAGAAUGGGGGCGAAGAGGUGCAGCCGCCACGCUUAUCCUCAACCAGAAGGGGGGCCAGGGGGAAGAGGCGCAGCC